UCCAUGGCUCCCAACAUGCUUUUGGAGUCUGAACCUUGCCGUAGGAAAAGCCCAGUCGCGCUGCAUGCUGGGAAGCGGGACCGGCUCCUUUCCCGGCUUGCCUCCCGGACGAGCGAGCCUAUUUUUUUUUUCAGGACUACAAUUCCCAGCGGGCUGUGCGCGAGAGGGCGGGCGAGUUCUUCUGACGGAAGUCCGCUCUACCCUUGGGUCCCCCAACAGCUGCCGGAGCCGGAGCCACCCAGAAGCCGCGGGACCGGGGCCGCUGGGGUCCGGACGGGGGUCGCCAUGAUCCGCUUCAUCCUCAUCCAGAACCGAGCAGGCAAGACGCGCCUGGCCAAGUGGUACAUGCAGUUCGAUGAUGACGAGAAACAGAAGCUGAUCGAGGAGGUGCACGCCGUGGUCACUGUCCGAGACGCCAAACACACCAACUUUGUGGAGUUCCGGAACUUCAAGAUCAUUUACCGACGCUAUGCUGGCCUCUACUUCUGCAUCUGCGUGGACGUCAACGACAACAACCUGGCCUACCUGGAGGCCAUCCACAACUUUGUGGAGGUCUUAAAUGAAUAUUUCCACAACGUCUGUGAACUGGACCUGGUAUUCAACUUCUACAAGGUUUACACGGUCGUGGAUGAGAUGUUCCUGGCCGGCGAGAUCCGUGAGACCAGCCAGACGAAGGUGCUCAAACAGUUGCUGAUGUUGCAGUCCCUGGAGUGAGGGCGGCCGGCCCCUCCCGCCCUGGCCCCUUCCCGGACUAGCCUGCUCGCUUCCCCUUUCCGGGCCCGGGGUCCACCCCAGCGGCCCCCUCCCUCAGCUGCCCAGGAGGAAGGCACCCAGCUGGGUCUGGGCUGCCAGGGAGGAGGCCACACCCCACGGCCUCGGGGCCCCAGCUGUGGGCGGAGGCCACCUCGCGUGUACCGAGUAACCGUGCUGUCCUCAUGUGAUGCCGUGAGCGUGUGCGUGGAGCCCCCAAUAAACCUGUGGUCCCCGC